AUGUGGUGCGGUGACGUGCCUGAUGAAUUGAAAGAAUUAUCAAUCGCCGAAUUAAAAUUAAUAUCAGUUUACCGUCAUAGUAGAUGUGUUGCUAAGUUAGUCACAAAAAACUCACGAGAUCCAUCUACUCAACAGUCGAAAACACAAGGGAACGUGAUAACCUUUCCACAAGAUGUACCAGAAAUAGUUAGAAAGCUUCCACUAUCGCUAAAUGAUUUGUGUGAUAGCAUCAAAAUAAUCUUCGUGGGCGAAAAUCCACCAGAGAAAAAGGAAUUCGCGGUGUUUAGGGUACGUAAACAGAAGGUACUCAGUGCGUUAAAAUGGCUCAAAAAAUACAAUCCAUUUUACGAAGAUAUUAAUAUUGAUAUGUAUAAUGUCGGUUGUUUGUUGUGA